GUAAACCAAUCAUCACCACAGCAGCAAGCAGAAGGGAGCUUUCGUUCGGGUACUGUCAAGUCGGUUGGUUCAUUUUCUUUUACGCGAUCGAAUCGAGAAGAAAGAAGCGACUAAUUUUCCGAGACCCGCAAAGUGUUGUGCCCGUUGUUCUUUUGCUUCUGGAAGCGAGUUCUAUUUGGCAUCGAGCUAGAAACAUUUGAAACGCGUACGUCGUACUUCCGGGAACUAUAUUGUGGAAUUCGGAAAAUAGUGUGGAAAAAUUGUGUCUAUUUUUUUUCGCCUGCUCGCCACUUAUACUCUUUCCUGGGCUUCUUUUUCGUCUGUAUCACAAUCGCGCUCAAUUGUUCGAUCGGUUAAUCCGGUCCGGUGUGCUGUAAACGAGUAAAUAUAAUCCACAGAAUCGGAGUUUAGAAGAGUUGGCUGGAAGUAACGAAGAAAGCCCACAAGUAACGAAAAAAAGCCUAGUGAGUGAGAUCAGCGCAGUGAUCAGAGCAUCGCCGGCCAACGACGACGGUGCGAAGCGAGCCCCAAAGAAGAAACUAAAUAGUGCCCGCUGAGUUGUGUAGAUCGUCACUGUUCCGAAGCCACAGGGGAAGAGCUGUGCGGUGUGUGAGUGCUUCACGUCUCGGUGUAUAUAUAUAUAAAUAUUUCGAUAUUAUUGUUGAGCACAGCAAAACAAAAGGCUAAAGUUUGAUCUCACCCCGUCAAUCAGCGUGCCCGGCUCGAUUGAUUUCGUUGCGAUUUUCGCGUUCCGCGCAGGCAAAUUGUGCGUACGUUUUGAUUGUGAGUGUGCGUUUUGUGCUCUCGAGUUCCCCCGUACCCGUACGGUGCCGACGCCCGAACCGACCCAUACGCGGUGUACCGCAGUUGGCAACAAACCGUCGCGUCGGCUCUGGUAAAUCCAGACUCCACGGAAUCCGGGACCCGGUGCUGCCAAAGGAGUCAGUGAGUGAGGUUGCGAUUUCGUGUACGAGUGGUGUUGUACGUACGGCAACUAGGCUGCAAGAGAGGCUGAAGAACAGAAGUGAAACCACAAUGGUAUCCACACGACAGAUGACCGGUGCCACGACAGAGGACACCACCCUCUAUCUGUUUCGCUCCUCGACCAACAGCUCCAGCCAGUUUUCCUCGAAUCGCAGCACCACCGCUCAGAGCCAUCAGCAGAGCAGCGUCACAAAUGCAGCCGGUACCAGCAACAGCGGGAUGACGGUGGCCGUUCUCCACUCUCCGCAACAACCGCCACCGUCACCACCGGAGCAAAGCCUGAACCUUCUAGAUAUGCCAGUCGAGAUCCUGGGACACAUAUUCACCUACGUGGGCUACAAGAAAGUGGCACAGAUGCGAGUGAUAUCGCAUCAGAUGAAUCAAGUGUGCAGUUCGAUACUCAACUCAACCUUUCAGAAGCUGCAAACACAGAUGCUGAAUCGUUUUCAGAUUGUCAAAGCUAAAAUGCCACGCAGAGAAUCCGCCCGACGAAACCACCCGCUGGCAUGCGAAUGCGAUAUUCUGGAAACGUGUUCGAUGCGUCUUUCGCUACUGCAGAUGACGUUUGGUAAACAUAUCGAGCGGAAGCACUGCUGUUUUUUCCCUGGCGGGAUACUGGAUGAGGUGUAUUCGGUGUUGAACUACAUUCGGACUACUCCGAUGCUGGCUCGACCCUUCAAGGUAACAGAUGAGCUGUUCGACCUUUCAACGAUGGCCAUGGAGUACUUUAGGGAGUACAUUGAACCAAAUUUACCUGAUAUCGCAUACUUUAGUAAAGAUUACACAUCAAGUACAAAACCGUUCGCGGCGCUGGAGGUAUCCUCCUCCAUCCUGUCACGGGACACAUCUCACUCCAGCUCGUCCUCACCACCGCAGAGUAAUAUGGUACUCCGUAAGGGUAUACGCAAAAUUAAACAGGGAAUGAAAAGAUACAACAAUCAAUUAUCAGUGUUACGUAGCGAGUUGCGUACCUGUAAGCGGAAGGCAACUGAACAGGCAAAACAAAUCGCCGAGCAGCAGAAAUUACUGGCAGAACAGCAAAAGCAAACCCUGGAGUAUGCAAAUCGACUCGACGAGAACGACAAAAAGAACGAGGAGAUAUCGCGGAAGUUUUCCACUUUGCUACAGGAAUUAAACAAAUGUAAAACCGAGCUCCAGUACUGGCGUUCCAAGAGCCCGGCGACACCCAAUUGCAACGCAUGCGGACAAGCAAUCGUCCCAAUGCCCCAAGAUGAACUGCAGGCCCUGGUUAACCAAGGUGUCCGGCCGGAAGAGGUAGGGCUGGCAGUUAUUCCCGAGGAACCAGCCAACCUAGUGGAAGACAACGUUAUCAUUCUCGAUUUGGACGUACAACCCAUGUCCCCGUUGCCAGCACCGAUAGUAGUGGCAGCAGCGGGAGCGGUGACUAGUUCUCCACGGAGUCAAAAAAGAAGAUUCGAGUGUGUUGAAAGUGCAAGCGAUGAGUUGAAUUACUGUAGCAACGGUGUUAGCGAAUCAAUGUCCGGGUCAUCUUCUCCCCGAAGCCCACCGUUUGCAUCGGCUCCGUUGGCUUCCCUGGUGGCAUCUUAUUCGUCUUCGGCUGGACCAUCGACGGCCUCCACCGCUUCAUGUCCAUCAAUAGCUUCAUCCUCGUCAUCAUCAGCAGCGGCUUUGCCACCGCUGGUUGUACCCACCUGUUCCUCUCCUUCCUGCAACGGCUUUCAGGCAAGCCACAACACCUUGCCGGUUGCCUCUGGUACAUCGGAAACCGCUGGCAAUAGUGGCAACAACAGCAGUAGUGAUAGUGGUAAUCAUAAGAAACUACGAAGAGUACAAAAUAAAGCUAGAUCACAAACUAAUCACAAUAAUAUUAGCAACGUGGCUAACACUAACACAAAAGCAACUAGAAGUAAGCAGUUGGAGAAAUAAAUGUAUAUCCAGUUGAUCUGAAUAAUCGAAUGGCAAACACGUAGUGAAGAAUUGAGCAAAUGAAUUUUAUGUAGCAAAGCCAAUUCCUGGAAAAAGAAUGAAUUCGAUGGAAUGACAAUUUUUAGUUAAUUGAAUUAAGAUUUUCUUCAACUUCGUGUCAAUUUAUUAGUGCUAAUAUUAUGUUUACCGUUAAUCCAUAUAUGCUCAUCUGAACCAUUUUACGUACUACUUUUUAUGCAGCUUUGUCCUUCUUCUUGGCCCUGAAGGGUUAAUUGAAACGAAAUCCUCUUAUCACCAAUAAAUUAAAUACACUAUUGCCGGAUAUUGUUUGUCUAAUCAUGAUAGAUAUAUGGAAUAAUAAAACGCUGUCAUGAAUGUGAUGUCGUAGCUUUAUAAACAGUAUAAUUUAAACUAUAACGUCAAUCCACAAUGAACUGACAAGUAAAAAUGCACUUGAGAUGUCACCCACACCUACGAAUGGAAAUAUUACAAUAAGAAAGUAUAUAAUAUACUCCUGCUUCAACCAGGCUCACUUACCGAUAAUGACUAGUGUGCUCCAAAAAAAAGUUGUUAUGUUGUCCGAACAUCUAAAUUUGAUGUUUUCCACUGUUUUGUUAAUGCUUGAUGAAGUUUGGAUCAGAAGUAUGUAACUUUAACUUUAAACUAAUAUAGUAAACAACAAAUUUAGAUGACGAGAACUUGAAUACUAUAAUUUGGCACUAGUAUCAGCUUAAUCCACACCAGCAACAACACACAAACUCUCAGUCCCAUAGAAAACGGCUAAUUGGUGAUUGAUCUAGAAACCACAUAACCAUAAACAGCAGCAUAUUUGUGUCGGUAUAGUAAAUUGUAAAACAAUAGUUGUAUCAAUACAUUGAAAAAACCACCAAACGAUAAUCACGUCACACAUGAAUUCACAUACACAUAUAUCACACAGGAUAAACUCACACUCCAAGGUGUAGGAUGAUAUCGGGUUCCAAUAACCGGUAAUGGUUUCAGGCUAUUUUACUUACAUAUGUUCAUCUCAUUCCUGUCAUUAGUGAAAAGAAUCAGAAUGUAAGGCAAUAGUCCAAUAUACAUUUCUAUUAGAGUUUCAGUUGGAUUGAAUGAAAACUACUAGUUUUCUAUUGCUUUUGAAUGAUCUGAGCAUGCUGUAUUUCCAAUACUCAUGUUCUAUAACUAUGUCAAUUUAGAUUUUCCGGAAAAAAAACAUUUGGCUCAUUUGUUGAAGAUCACUGAUCAUUUUGCUAUGAGAAAACAAUAUCACAGACAAUGGUUACUCUCCACUUGACUGUAAGUUUGAGCUAAAAGUAUAAUCAACUAGCUCUUGUAAAUACAUAAUGAUUAUUAGUUUUUAUUAGAGAUGGGUAAAUUUGAUAACUAAAUACACAGAAAUCAUAGCUGGCAAAGAACAAAGCAAAAUAAUGCAUCAAUUCGCUGGAUAGUCUUUUAUUUAGAAAAGAAAAAAAGCAUAGACAGUAUGAAACAUAUUCGCUCUUCAUCAAAAAAGGCAUACUGUGAAAAUCCUAUAACUGAAACAGAACAAAUACUCAGAAAUGAGAAUGGUUAUCUUCAAUCUGAAAAACACAAUGAUAAAAGGUAAAAGUGUAGAAGACUUUUUCUCUUAUAUAUACAAUAUAUACAACAAACAAAAAUAACUAAUUAUUAUUUUUGUAGUAGAUGCUAGUUUUGUAAAACAAUUUACAGUGGGACGUGUCUGCGAGCAGGCGAACAAAAUAUCCAAGACACAAAGUCAGGAAGACUUGCGACAAGCGCUUAGUCCCUAUGAAUACGCCUGCUAUCGCACGCCACGCUCCGUUAGCUCUCAUCUUAUUGUGGUAGUGACACUUUCGUAAAAAAUUUCUAACUCAAGUAGAAACUAAAUGGAGAAUAUAGAAUUAAAAAAAAGUGGAUCAAGCAAAAUAAAUACACACCUAAACUAAGGCAUGUUAGUUUGAUUUUAAAUAAUUUGACGAGAAAAAGACGACUUAAAUAAUGAGGCAAAAUAAAAAUAUCGUUUAAAUUUUAUGUGCAGGGAUAAGGAAAUCAAAACAUUAACAAUUAAAUGCGGAAACGGAAAAUAACACACACAAUGCGGACAACAAGUAAAACGUUUUAGAUUCUAACCCUUUUCUAGUAAUAAUGACUGUUUGUAGAGCUCUUUCUCGUUUUCUCUGAAAAAAAAAAUACAAAUAAGAAAAUCAAAUCAGAUGAAAAUUUACACACACACACACACACAACCAUUCGAACUAGCGAAACAAAUUAUUCACUAAAUAAAAGUAUGAAUAGGUAGAAUGUGAUAAAGAACACAUACAAAAACAGUCACACACAGCAACGCUAAAUUGUAUGACAUUAGCGUGUUUAAAGUUGUUUCCGAAUUGUUUAAAUUUUUCGUUUCUUCCGCCUCCUCUCUUUGAACUAUGUAGCAAAAUGUAGAAGGAACCUUGAGCUUUUCUUCCUCAUGUGACUACAGCGGACCCUACACGAAUAGAAUUAUUGCAUCAAUUGAUUGAUCAUUGCAUAGAUGGUCUGCCCAUAAUCAUAAGUCAGUCCCAUGUUCUAUGGGAUCCCGUAUCCACAUGCGAUUAUAGGCAGUGGUGUGAGAGCGUCUUGAAUGUGUUAUUUAUAAAGCGUUCAAACUGGGAUUCACACAUUGAAGCAAUCUUCUCCGUAUUUUUAUCGUCACCACCUUUGUCCGAUCAGGGUCCGCUUAACAGUGCUGGUCGUUAGUGAAUUACAUAUAAAACCGAUACUUUUCCAGGUAACCAGCAUCUUGGUUCGGUUAGUUCACGGAACAGUGAAACAACAAGUUUUAUGAAGGGAGUGCAACCACUCGAGCGCAUUUGUGAAACCACGGGAAAUGGCAUAUGUUUAAGACAACCGUGGUAUGGAAGGAAUCCAUUGAGAGUGGAAAUACACAAUGACUUUUAAUCCCAUCUCUGUUAACUUUAAACAAAAUAGAUAUUUUAAGAAGUUUUCUUCUGUAUUUCUCGUUGCACAAGAGUAAGAAUAUAUUAUUAAUCAAUCAAGACAAAGCAAGGAAACGUGCAGAAAAAUGCGAAAACAAACAAAAAAAUAAAAAGCAAGAUGCAAACAUGCAGCAAGUAA